GACGCAGAGCAAAUUUUACUCCAGAUCUCUUUUAUUGACAAAUCCGUUGAGAGCGGUGUUAUACGCAUGCAUAGACUUGUGCAAACAGCGGUCAUUCGGCGCAUGACAUCUGAAGAGCGGCAGCAGAUGUUCUCCAUUCUAGUAGAGAUUUUGGGGGAAAACUUACCGGAUACAUACAGCUCCGAUAUUGGCCACCAAGUCGCUUCCUGGGAACGAUGUGAGCGAAGCCUGUCUCAUCUGGAAAGCAUUGUCCAAAAGAAUGCAGAAUUCAGUAUCAUACCAGGAGAUAAUCAACCAUUCGCAGAGCUGUUGUUGCGCUUCUGCUGGUAUCUGUAUGAAAGAGAAGAUUACAGCAUUGCUAGAUCUUUUGUGAAAACUGCUCUGCAGUAUCUCUCUGAUCGGAACACUCUUGCAUAUGCUAGUGCCGUUGGUCUGCAAGGCCUGAUUGACCUUGAUAUCUCUCGCCCUGCGACCGCUCUGGAAGCAUUUCAAAAGGCGCACAAGAUCCGUGCAGCCAUCCUUCCGAUCGACGACGUAUUUCUCGCUGCCAGUCUGGUCAACAUUGGUCUCGCUUAUACUGAGUUGGGCAGGCUAGACGAGGCCUAUAAAUAUCUUCAGAAAUCUAUUGACAUUUGGCUACAGCAUAACAGCGAUUGGGUUGGCAAUUCAUAUAGCAACAAUUCCAGUUUAUUGCUCCGUAUGGAGCGGGCUGAUGAAGCCGAAGAGAUGCUGAAGCAGUGUCUGUCUCUGAAAGACUUUAUGGAUGAGAUAUCUCUCAAGACCGGCAAUCCACGGUUUUCUGGUGGCAUGAUCCUACUUGAUAGAAUUUGGUUAGUACAGGGUCGAUACGACCAAUCCUUGAAUCUUGCUUCGAAAGCUCUGGGCUUCCGAUGGCAAUGUCUAGGAGAGCGCCUCAAAGUCUGCGACUCACUGUAUCAAGUAGCCAGUCUUCUUGAGCGAGGAAACAACCCGGCAUUGUCGAUGUAA